AUGCCAGGCCCUGACCCUAUCGGUGAUACGAUCGUCGCCGGGGCGCUCAACCCUGUUGAGGGGAAGAUCGUCUCGGUGCCGAAUCAUCAAGCUAUCAACGAGAAGGCCAGCAUCGACAACAUAGCACUUGGCAAAGAAAUUGACACCGAGAUCAAGGCUGUUAGUGCUCCGUCAGACAGUGGGAGCCAUGAUAAGGACAACGCUAGUGAAGAUGUCAUCAUUAGAACCGGCGUAGAUGCAUCUGUUCAUCUUCUGCCCCUUCGUGAUGACUUCCAGCCUGCCUUGACUUUUCGAAGUCUUUUCCUGGCUACCUGUCUCUCAGCCUUCCAAGCUGUUAUGAGUCAGAUCUACACGUUCAAACCCACCGUGGUCACCAUCUCGGGAACCUUUAUAGUUCUUAUUGCCUACUUCUUGGGUAAAGCAUGGGCCAAGUUCCUCCCCCGAGGCGAUACACUCGAAGCUCGGUGGAGGGAGAAGGGUGGGGAGGGUAAACCUCCAACGUAUAUCCGGGUCGUCUCUUUCUUUAAUCACGGCCCUUGGAACCUGAAGGAACACGCGAUUUGCGCCAUCACUGCGACAUCUGCCUCCAACGCUUCCGCAAGUGUUACAGUCUUUGCUGCACAAGACUUGUUCUACGACUUGCCUCUCAGCGCUACCACGGUUGUGUUGAGUGUUAUCUCCAUUGGUCUUUUUGGCUAUGGUAUCUGUGGCGUACUGCGGCCCAUUGCUGUUUGGCAUGUCGAUGCUGUUUAUUGGAGUACACUACCCACUGUCAAGACCCUUCAAGGAUUGCAUUGGCAGGACCUCAAGAGCUCGAAACCCCUUCGGUGGUUCUGGUACAGCUUUGCUGGCAUGUUUGUUUACGAGUUCUUGCCUGCCUACAUUUGGCCGUGGCUUAACUCAGUCUCUAUCCCCUGUUUGGCAGCAAUGCAUGCUACAGGUGCAAAAGCCGCUACGCUUACAAACCUUUUUGGUGGAUCCAUCAACAAUGAGGGUUUGGGCCUAUUCACACUCUCUUUUGACUGGCAAUAUAUCACCUCAUUUAACACGUCUCUUCCACUCGCUCUACAAGCUCAUUCAGCAGUGGGAUAUUUCGUAUGCUUUAUUGUCAUGCUCGCCAUCUACUAUUCCAAUGCUUGGGAUGCUAAAUCUCAACCAUUCAUGUCGACCCGUCUUCGAUCUCAAGAUGGAUCAACCUAUCCGAUUGCAAAGGUCUUCACUGGCGGUGUACUCAACAAGGAAGCUCUAGCAGAAUACGGAAUCCCUAGGCUGACAGGUAGUUUUGCCUAUGCCAUGUUCAUGGCAAACGCUGCUAUUGGUGCAUUGGUUGCGCACUGCUUCUUUUUCUGGGGCGGGGACGUCGUAAAGGCGUACAAGAGCGCGAGAAGCGGGAGAUACGAUGACAGGCACCACGCACAUAUGGCUAAGCACUACAAAGAGACUCCAUGGUGGUGGUACAUAAUUGUGCUAGUUCUCAGUUUUGUUCUUGGUGUCAUUGUGGUGACAACACAACACAUCACUCUUCCUGUGUGGGCCUAUAUUGUUUCACUGCUGCUGGGUAUUUUCAUCGCUCCAUUGAGUACCAUUCUUUACUCUCGAUACGGCAAUGGUAUCGCCACAAAUAACCUCUCCAAGAUGCUUGCCGGUCUGCUUCUUCCCGAACGCCCUAUCGGUAACAUGUACUUUGCUGCCUGGUCGCACAAUGUCAUCUCUAACACGGUGAACCUAUCAAACGAUCUCAAGAUGGGCGAAUAUCUCAAAAUUCCUCCUCGUGUCAUGUUUCUGACUCAGAUCUAUGGUACGGUAUUGGGCGGUUUCGUCAAUUAUGCAGUCAUGAUCUCGAUUGUGGGCGGCAACCGCGACCUCCUGGUGAAUAGCGACGGUAACAGUUCUUGGAGUGGAGCUGGUAUGCAGUCGUACAACACAAACGCGACCUCUUGGGCUCUAGCAUCAUAUUUGUACAAGCUUGGUGGCAAGUAUGAAUUGGUACCUAUUGGUCUGGGUAUCGGCUUCGCCAUUGUCGCUCUCCACAGGCUUGUCGUCUACUUCGUGCCGAAGAUCCGGGGGUUCUCGCUCUCUGAGAUUAACCUUCCUCAGUUUAUCCAAUAUGCGGGCUUCAUCCCGUACAACCAGUCUCAAACCUGUGUGAUUUUCAGCCAAUUGAUCGCUGGAUUCUUCACACAAUUCUACCUACGAAACUACCGCCCUCGCAUCUUCAAGGACUACUCCUACCUUGUAACAGCUGCCUUUGACGGUGCCAGUUUGUUGGCACUCUUCAUUUUGUCAUUUGCAGUAUUCGGGGCUGGUGGUCCGUCCAAACCAUUCCCGACCUGGUGGGGCAAUAACGCUGAUGGUUACUAUGACCUUUGCCCCUCCCCUGAGUAG